AUGGGGUUCCAAGGUAAAUACGACAUCCAUCGGGAAUCCAAUUUCCCAUCAACACUCCAGGAAUAUGGCCAUAUAUCCACCAAGAUGGCCAUGUCAACCUGGCUUAUCAUGCGACAGAGUCCAGAAGACCUGGAAAAACAGGGAGUGAAGAAUCCAGCCAAGGAUUAUGCCUUCUCCCCCCAACCUGAGCCUGAAGAAGAGCUCAAGUUUGAGGUCCAGGAGUUGACUGCGGAGGAAAGGAGAAAGAAGAACAAGAAACUCUACAAGACGAACAGAAAGAACCGCCUACAGGAGGAAAAAAAAUUGGCCAGGCCUGAGAGGCCCCAGAAGAAAAAGAAAGAGCCAGAGGCUGAUGAGCCCAAACCUGAAGAGCCCAGACUUCUUACUCCUGAGGAAAUCAGUGAGAAGAAAAAGGCUAAGAAAGCUGCCAGGGCAAAGAAAUGGCUGGCAAGACAGGAAGAAUACAUUGCCAAAGCAAGAAAGAGCCACCAGGAGGCAAUAGAGGCCCGCAAGAAGGCACUAUGUAAUAGGAGAGCAGGUGAGGAGGGUGCCAUCCCUAGGUGGGAGCAUGCCCCUGUCCGUGGCAUUGAGACUGCUGCUGUACGUCACCACCCAGCCUCUGCUUUGGAACGGCUUGAGCCCAUCAGAGAAAACAAAAAUCAAAAGAAGGCCAACAGAUUGGACCGGCGCAAGAUGUACAUGAGGAAAGAGGAGACCACCAAGGCACCGCGUGAAAGCCACCUGAGUGCCGUGGAACGGAGGAAGCUUCAUAAGCUGCAGAAUGACCUAACCCUGCGUAGUGCCCCACCUGCACGGCUUGAGAGUUUGCCUGAAGGAAGCCCUUACGUUGCGCCUCAAGUCCUUCCUGAUAAGAUGGAAGCCAAUCUUGUAUUGGACAAGACUUUGCAUAUGGACGAUGAAACUGAACAGUCUGACCAGUACCAGCCAGUCAAAGAAAAUGGCCGGCCGAAACUGAAGAUCCGCCACACCAAGAAGUCUAAGCAAUGCAAGACGGAAGUGCUUAAUGCUUUGAUCACCAGUGAGAGUAAACAAGUGAUGAACAAGACACCGCUGCCACCAGUUCAACCCUCAAAGGCUCGCACAAAUAUCAAGUGGGUCCCUAUCAUUGACAACAGGGAAAAGUCUGUCACAUCUCCUGUACAGUUUCCUUCACCCAAAACAAGGUCAAAUUCUGUGGCAUUGAGGAUGAAAUCUACCAGAGUGUCUCGCACAUCAGGUGAGAGAGAAAAGCCCUCUUCCUUUCAGGGUUCUACUCUGCAGGUUUUCAGCACUGAAACUGCUUCAUCAGAACUGCUAUAUGUUCAAACAAGGGCUGAGUCCAGUGCAAGCUUCAGGCCAAGCACUGAAGAGAAAAGCAGGGGUGGCUCUACAUCUUCAAGCAGGUAUGGCUCUACAACUCCAAGCGGGCAUGGCUCUGCAUCUCCAAGCAGGCAUGGCUCUGCAUCUCCAAGCAGGCAUGGCUCUACAACUCCUUAUGGGCAUGGCUCUACAUCUCCAAGCAGGCAUGGCUCUACAUCUCCAAGUGGGCAUGGCUCUACAUCUCCAAGCAGGCAUGGUAUUACAUCUCCAAGCAGGCAUGGCUCUACAUCUCCACGCAGGCAUGGCUCUGCAACUCCAAACUGGCAUGGCUCUACAUCUCCAAGCAAGCAUGGCUCUACAGCUCCUAACGGGCAUGGCUCUAAAUCUCAACGCAGGCAUGGCUCAGCAACUCCAAACUGGCAUGGCUCAGCAACUCCAAACUGGCAUGGCUCUGCAACUCCUAGCAGGCAUGGCUCUAUAUCUCCGAGCAGGCAUGCCUCUACAACUCCAAGCAGGCAUGGCUCUACAACUCCAAGCGGGCAUGGCUCUGCAUCUCCAAGCAGGCAUGGCUCUACAACUCCAAGCAGACAUGGCUCUACAUCUCCAAGCAGGCAUGGCUGUACAUCUUCAAGCAGGCAUGGCUCUACAAAUCCAAGCAGGCAUGGCUCUACAUCUCCAAGCAGGCAAUGCUCUACAACUCCAAGCAAGCAUGGCUCUACAACUCCAAGCAAGAAUGGCUCUGCAACUCCUAAUGGGCAUGGCUCUACAACUCCAAGCAGGGGUGGCUCUACAACCCCAAGCAGGGGUGGCUCUACAACUCCAAGCAAGAAUGGCUCUACAACUCCAAGCAGGUGUGGCUCUACAACUCUUUACGGGCAUGGCUCUGCAACUCCUAACGGGCAUGGCUCUACAUCUCCAAGCAGGAAUGGCUCUACAACUCCAAGCAGGGGUGGCUCUACAACCCCAAGCAGGGGUGGCUCUACAACUCCAAGCAAGAAUGGCUUUACAACUCCAAGCAGGUGUGGCUCUACAACUCUUUACAGGCAUGGCUCUGCAACUCCUAACGGGCAUGGCUCUACAUCUCCAAGCAGGUGUGGCUCUACAACUCCAAGCAGGUGUGGCUCUACAACUCCAAGCAAGCAUGGCCCUACAACUCCAAGCAGUCCUAACUCCACAUCUUCAAACAGGUCUGAAUUCAGAGCAAGCUCCCCAACACAGAGCAAGCCAGGCUCCCUCAGCAGGCAAAGCACGGCAAGCAGGUCAGGCUCCGCCACCAGCCCAGGUUAUGUCAGAAGGCCAGACUCCAUCAGCAGGCCAGACUCUGUCAGCAGGCCAAGCAAGACUGCCAUAAUGCCAAACUACACCAAAAGCAGGCCAGGCACCUCCAACAGGCAAGACUCUGCCAGCAGGCCAGGCAAUGUAUACAGGCAAGAUUCAGUCAGCAGGCCAAAAGAUUGCAGCAGAUCAGACUCCACCGCCAGCAGGCCAAGGACUGCCAGCAAGCCAGACACUAGGAGCAAGCCAGUUACUGCCAACAUCGUCAGCAGGCCAAGCACUGCCAAUAGGCCAGACUCCGUCAGCAGGCCAAAAACUGCCAACCGGCCAGAUUCUGUCUGCAGGUUGGGCACAGCCAGCAGGCCUAGCAUCUCCAACAGCAGGCCAGGCUACACCAGCAGGCCACCCAAUGCCAACAGGCCAAGCACUGCCAACAGUAGGUCAGUUUCUGUCAGUAGGCUAGGUACUGCCAGCAGAUAUUGCACCACCACUAGAUCAAUCCCUGCUGCUAGCAGACCAGUGACAGCCACUAGGCCAGGUACUGCCAAAAGGCCAAUUAGCGCACCAAGCAAGCCAGGUACGGCAAGCAUGCCUAGCACCACCAAGAUCAGGCCAGGUAUAGCCCCUUUCAGCAGGCCAAGCACUGCCACCAAGCCAGGCACUGCCAGCAGGCCAAGCACCGUCACCAGCAGUCCUAGCACAAGUGGGCUAGGCAUGGCAAACAGGCCUUGCACUGCCACGUCCAGACUAGGCACUGUGAGCAGGCCAAGCUCUGCAACCAAGCAAGGCACCACCAGCAGGCCAAGCACCACCACUAAGCAAAGCCCCAGACUUGACUCUGCUGCAUCUGGAAAGAGAAAAACUGUUGAUGACUCCUCAAGAACUUCAUCAGUAUACACUUCGUCGGCCAGAGCCAGCAGAUAUAGCCAAGAUGAAGAAUAGACAAAAUAUCUGAUCUAGUUUUUGAAGAAAAACAAUCAUGAACAUUAAAAAAAAAUGAUAAAACAAAUCAUGAGAAAACCUUUUUUUGAAAAGAACAUUUUUAAAUAAACCUGUCUUUAUUUGGCAUUUUCAAAAUAAAACUUGAAAUGUA